CGAGUACCAGUCAGAUUCGUCGUGCACCGACACCGACACAGAUGUCGGUGUCGGUGGCGUCGUACGCCGCAGGGGUGACAGCCGAGGGCCUGUGGCUGCCACGGGUGGCUCGGGUCACGGCUCCGGCUCAGGAGGGCCAGGUGGACGGGCUCGAUGAUGUCAUUGACCCGCACUUUACCCCGGCUGUCCGUGGCUGGCGUGGCGUGCGGUCGUUCACCCCGGGCUCACCAGGCAUGGGUCUCUCGCGCUCGCCCUUCCCGCUGGCAUCGGCGCCGGUGGUGGCAUUGGCUGGCUCACGAGCCGAUGAGCUGCAUGCUGCGGUGGCGUCACCGGCAAGGGUCACACCGGCUCGUCCACGGUUGGCCACAGCUGAUCUGGACGCCUCGUCGCGGCUCUCGCGCUCGGCGCUCGGCGGCGCGUCGAUGCUUGGCGGCGGCGGCGGCUCGCUGCAUCACUCGGUCCUGCUCUCCGAGUCUGGCAUGGUCCGCGACCCGGAAGAGUUCCCACCGCCCGCCCGCGAUGCUGGCCCAUUCGACCGGCCCAUUGUCAUCAAGGAGGACCCGAACCUCCGCCCGCUCGCUCUGCCGGGCGCGGACAACGGCGACGAUGCGAGCAACGACCGCUCCGAGCUCCGUAAUGCCCAGCUGUUUGGCGCACAUCGGCCGACACGCAGCGUUCUCUCGCGCACCGCCCGAGCCCGCUCGCUCAUCGCCGCCUCCCACUCGGCGCCCGCCGAAGAAUCGUCAGCGCCGCCGGCGGCCUCCCGCCGCCCGGCCUUUGCCUCUCCCUUCAAGGAGCGUCCGCCGCGAGCCAAUCCCUUUGCCUUUUGGUGA